AAUAAGUAUCAGAGGAAGAUAUCUCACAUCAUUGUUGAUGAGGCUCACUGCAUCGAUACGUGGGGCAACAGUUUCCGCACAGAUUAUCAGCGUCUUGACACGCUAAGGGCAAUUCUACCGAACGCAAAAGUUGUUGCAAUGACUGCAACAGCUACAAAAACAACACAAAAAUGCAUAGCAAAACACCUCAGGUUUUGUGCUAAUUACUACUUAGUAUCAGCAUCAUGUGAUCGCCCAAACCUGUUUUAUUCAGUGAAUAAGAGAUCCUCCCAUAAUUCUGUAAACAAAACAUCAGAAGAUGCUUAUGGAGAGGUAUUGAGGCCAAUAUUAAUGGAAUUAAAGGUACAGAAUUUAUAUCAUACCACAGCAAAUGAUGUGUUAAUGUCUUUACAGCAAAUGCAGAAUAACAUUUCACUUAGCAAAACAAGUAUAUUUUUACAGGAGAAAGGAAGAUCCUUCCCCAAAACAGUUCUCUUCAGCAAGCUGAAAUGGUGUGGAUAUGGCCAUGAAUUGGCAUUUCAAAUAAUGGGCGACGAAGAACUCCACUGUUACACUUCUAAUAGUCAAUACACUGCCAGGCUUGGACAGUAUCAUGCACCGCAAGUUGAUGCACUGAAACAAGAACUGUCUUGUAUAUUCAAGUCUCCCAAUAGCCAUGUAAGGCUACUUUUAGCCACUGAGGCAUACAGCAUGGGCACUGAUGCACCUGAUAUAAGAAGGGUUAUUCACAUUGGACCACCUUCAACGCUAGAAACUUACUUGCAAGAAACUGGUCGAGCUGGGCGUGAUGGUGAACAUGCAGAGGCAAUAAUGUACAUGAACAAAUCAGACAUAGCUUCAAAUGUCAAACAUCUCUCAAAGGAAAUGAAAGAUUUCUGCACCACUAGCAAAUGCAGAAGACAGACCUUGAUGAAUUAUUUUGAAUUUGAAUGUGUCCAACCAGAACCAGGUCAUCGUUGUUGUGACAAUUGCUCAAAAACAUGUCAGUGUGCUGAAUGUAUUAUACACAAAGUAUUCGAAACUGACUUCCAUCUCUCGACUCAGGAGAGCAAUGAGCAAAUUCCUGCACCCAGGAAAGCUGGGUUAAAAUGGCUUCACAGUUGUUAA